AUGGGGCCUGAACUGACAGGAGAAAGAGAUACUAGUACUGCCUUUGACGUCUUCAAAAGCGAAUCGGCUCAGAAGACGAACGCCGCAGCCUCCGAAGGGCAGAGAGAUUUCCAUAUGGCUAAGAAUACCAGCGCAAGUUAUUUGGACCAGGCAAAGACAUUCGCGGAGAGUGUUGCCACUUCUGCUCAGGACUAUCUCCACAGUAGCACAGACCCGCAAGCCACUUCGAACAAGACAGGAGGAGACACCAUAUCAUCAUUCCAGACGACAGCAUCGUCUGCUGUUGGAACCGCUCAGGAGUACUUUGCAUCCGCACAAGCCGCCGCUCAACCGCACAUUGACGUUGCACGGUCCACUUUGCAACCACAGGUCGAGAAAGCACGCGAGACAGCGCAAAGUUACCUCGGGAUGCACUCUGGUACCUCGCCUUCUGAUGCGGUUACCCCGCCAUCAACUGCGCGCCCGGCUACCGACACGCCUUUGAGUGGCAAAGAUGUUGCGGGCACGCCAUACGCAUCUACGACAACCACUGCUGGUGCAGAUGAGAGAAAGCUGGAGCCUCAGUCAAACGUUGCGUAG